AUGGUGGUCCCUGAUGAUAUAGUUGAGCAAAUACUAGUUAGAUUGGAUUGGAAGUAUCUCAUCCACUGCAUGAGAGUUUGUAAGUCAUGGCAUUCUUUGGUCUCAGGUUUUCGUUUCGCUGUAUCCCGUUUUACUUACAGGAACAGGAGAAGGCAGAGGAUCUGUAUCAUUGAGGAUCAUCCGCGAGAGCAUCUUGUUGGCUCUUCCAAUGGCCUUGUAUGCAUCUUUACUCGCUAUCUUGACUAUAUAGUGGUUAAUCCCUUAACUAGAGAGUUGAAGAAACUCGAAAACCACCCUGAUAAUAAGGUUAUCCGUCCAUCCCUUGUUGGUUUUGGUUACGAUUCAUCCUCAGAUGAUUACAAGGUCAUUUCAGGGAGACAAGAUUAUGUUAACAAGGAUAUGCAAUUUCAUAUGUUUUCUGUGAAAUCAAAUGUUUGGAAAUUUGUUGGAGAAAUAGAAUGUAGCUCCAUUCGCAUGGUCAGUUUUAAUCAUGAAAAUAAUACUUGUGGUAUCUUAUGCAAUGGGGCACUCCACUGGUUUGUGUUAGAUCAACACAAGAACCCGGUGAUUCUUUCUUUUGAUUUAUCCACAGAGGAAUUCAAAGAACUCCCCCAACCUGAUGACGCCAAUUAUAAGAAGCCAAUUGCUUUUACUUAUUACCGCUUGGGGAUGGUUGAAGAAAGUUUAUGCAUAUUUCACGAUCACCAUCCCCGUUGUGCAAGUAUAGGCCAACCGCGUGCUAGUCCCAAAUGGGUAAUGAAAAACUACGAUAGUAGGUGGUGGGAACUGCUUUCGCAUCAAGAUCAGUGGGAUAAUGACUUCACACUCCGGUUAAAAAAUCUGAUAUAUUACAAUAGAGUCAAGAAAUCCUUCUUUCAUGAAGGUAAACAAUGUAUUCUCAAUACUUUGGAUUAUAUUAGUGCCCCUAUAUACGUAGAGAGCCUUGUAUCUCCUCAAGUUAAUGAAAGACCAAAGAAUCCUGUAUCUCGGCAUGUUAGUGGGGGACGGAAAAGAAAGAGGAAUACAAAGAUUGGAUUUUAG